AUGUACUCGAGAAUGUAUGGUGACGAUGUUCAGUAUAAUCCGGCGCUCGCCAAUGCGAUCGCGGCUGCAAAUAAAGCCAGCAUCCCAAAGGCACUCAUCGAAGGCGCCAUCGCCAGCGGCCAGGGCAAAUCGGCAUCCGGCGCCAAGCUGGAGCCCAUGACCAUGGAAUUUCUCUUGCCGCCCGAUAUUGCCCUCAUUGUCGACAUUGAGACGGACAGCAAGCAGCGCACGCUUCAAGAUUUGAAGCUCGCCGUGAAGAAGGCCGGGGGCGUCAGCGGCUCGACAGCGUUCAAUUUUACCCGCCGCGGCCGGGCCGUGUUCAAACCAAAGGACGACGCUGCUGCGCUUUCGGAUCUGCUGGACGAGGCCAUCGAGCACGACGGCGCGCAAGACGUCGAGGAGAAUGCCGAGGGCGGCUACGUGCUGUGGACGGAGCCCUCGAUGCUCAUGGCCAUCGCCAAAGACUUUGCCUCCAAGUUUGACCUCGAGCUGCUCGCCGCCGAUAUUGUCUGGGCGCCCAACGAGGACACCAUGGUGAAGCUGGAUUCUGACGAGGCUGCGGCUACGCUGACUUCUCUUCUUGCCACGUUAAGGGAGCACUCGGAAGUCAAGGCCAUCUUCGCAAAUGCCAAGCAAGGACGUGCCACAGAAGACGCAUGGGAGGCUGUAGAGAGGCAUCUGGAUGUUUGA